CCUCCAUUAAAUCAUCUCAGCGUAAUAUUCGAAUUUCUUCGACCACGAGAUGCUCUGUUUAUCUGCAGUAUGAAGGAUAAAUAUCUAUUUUCAAUAUAUAAAUGUCUGCCGUGCAUCGCUGCAUUUGGGUUAAGAUCAAUGCAUGUUAGUUGCCAAAACGUGGUAAAAUCAGCCCAUAAUUUGAUAGAUUUUGAUGGGAUUUUGGCCGACAGGUUUGCAUCACUCGCGCAGUCGUGUUCCCAUCCUUCUACUCUCCGACAAGGGCGCCAGGUUCAUGCUCAGGUCGUUGUAAAUGGAUUGAGUGAAAGUGAUUUUUUGGAAACAAAGAUUUUAGCUAUGUAUGUUCUUUGUAAAAGUUUGAUAGAUGCACAAAAUAUGUUUUUCCGGUUAGAUUGGCGGUACCCAUUGCCAUGGAAUUGGAUGAUAAGAGGAUUUACCAUGAUGGGUUCGUUGGAGUUUGCGUUGUUAUAUUACUUCAAGUUGUUGGCGUAUGGAGUUUGCCCUGAUAAAUAUACGUUUCUAUAUGUAAUUAAGGCUUGUUGUGGUUUAUCAGCUAUUAAUUUGGGUAAAUGGAUCCACAAGACCAUUCAUUUGAUGGGUUUUGAGAUGGAUAUCUUUAUAAGUAGUUCGUUGAUUAAGAUGUAUACUGAGAACGAUUCAAUAGACGAUGCGAAGCGUUUGUUUGAUAUAAUGCCUCAGAAAGAUAGUGUUUUAUGGAAUGUGAUGCUUAAUGGGUAUGUGAGAAAUGGGGAUGCUGACAAAGCUAUUGAAGUAUUUCGGACAAUGAGAACUGAGAUGACACCCAAUUCAGUGACAUUAGCUUGUAUUCUAUCCAUCUAUGCCUCAAAAGCAAUUGCUAAAUGUGGUACUCAGCUACAUGGACUUGCCAUCAGAUGUGGUUUGGAAUUAGAUCCUCCAGUUGCUAACACUUUGUUGGCGUUGUAUUCAAAAUGCCGGCAUUUAUCAGAUGCAUACAAGUUGCUUGAUUUGAUGCCGCAGAUUGAUUUGGUGGCUUGGAAUGGGAUGAUUGCUGGGUAUGUCCAAAAUGGAUUUAUGGAUGAGGCUAGGGGCUUAUUAAAUAAGAUGCUAUCUUCUGGUUUUAAACCGGAUUCUAUCACUUUGGCAAGUUUUCUUCCUUCAGUUUCUGACUUAGCCAAUCUGAAGCAGUGUAAGGAGAUCCAUGGUUAUAUCAUUAGACACGGUGUGCAUCUAGAUGUUUUUCUAAACAAUUCACUUAUCGAUGUAUACUUUAAAUGUAGGGAUGUAGAUUUGGCAGAAAAGGUUUUUAACCAGGCAAAUAGUUUAGAUGUUGUUAUUUGCACAACAAUGAUUUCAGGCUAUGUGCUUAAUGGGAUGAACAGUGAUGCUCUGGGGAUCUUCCGGUGUUUGCUUAAAAUGAAAAUGAAACCAAAUUCAGUGACACUGGCAAGUGUUUUACCAUCUUGUGCUGGUUUAGUGGCUCUGAAGUUGGGGAAGGAGCUACAUGGUAACAUUCUUAGGAAUGGCCAUGAGGGAAGAUGUUAUGUAGCUAGUGCAUUGACUGAUAUGUAUGCAAAAUCUGGGAGAUUGGAUAUCGGUCAUAGGAUUUUUUGGAGAAUGGUAGAAAGAGACACUGUUUGUUGGAACUCAAUGAUAGCAAACUGUUCGCAAAAUGGCAAACCAGAAGAGGCCAUUGACCUUUUCCGCCAAAUGGGAUUUGAAGGAGUACAGUAUGAUUGUGUCUCCAUAUCAGCUGCUCUUUCAGCAUGCGCAAAUUUACCAGCACUUAAUUGUGGGAAACAAAUCCAUGGAUUCAUGAUGAAAGGUACCUUCAGUUCUGAUCUCUUUGCUGAGAGUGCUCUCAUAGAUAUGUAUGCUAAAUGUGGGAAUUUGGUGCUUGCACGUCGUGUAUUUGACUUGAUGCAAGUGAAGAAUGAAGUUUCAUGGAAUAGCAUUAUUGCUGCAUAUGGGACCCAUGGUCAUAUUAAGGACUCUCUUGAUUUGUUUCAUAAAAUGUUGGAGGAAGGGAUUCAGCCAGAUCAUGUCACUUUUCUCGCCAUAAUAUCCGCUUGUGACCAUGUAGGUAAUGUUGAUGAAGGUUUCCAUUAUUUCCGUGUCAUGACUGAGAGGUAUGGAAUUAUGGCACGGAUGGAGCACUAUGCUUGCAUGGUUGAUUUGUUUGGACGUGCCGGUCGUUUGCUUGAAGCAUUGGACAUCAUAAGAAGAAUGCCAUUCAAUGCAGAUGCAGGUAUCUGGGGAGCGUUGCUUGGAGCUUGUCGUGUCCAUGGCAAUGUUGAACUUGCUGAGCUGGCCUCAAAACAUCUCUUUGAGUUGGAUCCACAAAACUCUGGGUAUUAUGUAUUGUUGUCAAAUGUUCAUGCUGAUGCUGGUCAAUGGGAGUGUGUUCUUAAAGUAAGAAGCUUGAUGAAGGAACGGGGUGUGCAAAAGUUACCAGGUUAUAGCUGGAUUGAGAUCAAAGGCAUUACACAUGUGUUUAUGGCUGCGGAUAGAAGCCAUCCACAAUCUGUUCAGAUUUAUUUAUUGUUAAAGAUCCUGCUUCUAGAGCUGAGAAAAGAGGGCUAUGUUCCCCAACCUUACCUUCCAAUGCACCCACAGACAAUACACUUAGAUGAUCAAGUUAGAUUCUCAUCUAUUUUAGGGGGAAUGUUGUAAGACUGUUUUGUAUUGUUUAUGUACCUAAGGGUAUAUUUGUCAUGUUAUAUCAUUUUAUUUGAUCCUAAUGUAAAUACCCAAGUGGGUACUGCGAGACCCACCUGGGAGCUUUCAAACAUUUGUCUUCUUUUCUUCUUUCUU